UUCAUCAACUCUCUCAGGUUUAAAUAUAUUGCACCACUACGUACUCAGUUAGCUCUAGCUAGCUUAUUUUCUCUUUGUAUUGCUUUGUUCAAGCUGGCGCUAAUGGGUUAUAUUUGGGUUGUGCAUGCUCUCUUGCUGUGUCAUUUCAUUGUGCUGGGUGUGGCUGAUCGUGUUAGUGGCGAUGAUAAAGAUGAUAAACACUUGUUUUUUCAUCGCCCUUUUUUGGGUGGUGGAGGCCUAGGCCAUGGCAUUUAUAAGAAAGGGUUUAAACAUUUUGGUGGUGGCACUGGUGGAGGUGGUGGUUUUGGUGGUGGAGUAGGAGGAGGAGGGGGUCUAGGUGGAGGUGGUGGGUUAGGUGGCGGUGGAGGCCUUGGUGGUGGUGGGGGUGGAGGUCUAGGUGGCGGUGGUGGUAUUGGGGGUGGCAUAGGACACGGUGGUGGUCUAGGGGGUGGUAUUGGACAUGGUGGUGGCCUAGGAGGUGGUGGAGGACUAGGAGGAGGAGCUGGUGGAGGUAUAGGUGGUGGCAUAGGGGGCGGGGGUGGCCUAGGUGGUGGACAAGGUGGUGGCCUAGGAGGAGGAGCUGGUGGAGGUUUAGGGGGUGGACAUGGAGGGGGUUUAGGGGGUGGUGGUGGUCUAGGUGGUGGCAUGGGAGGGGGAGCUGGUGGAGGUUUAGGUGGUGGCGGGGGACUAGGAGGGGGAGCUGGUGGAGGCCUAGGGGGUGGAGGUGGAGCAGGUGGAGGUAUUGGAGGUGGAGCUGGUGGAGGUUUAGGUGGUGGCGGGGGACUAGGAGGGGGAGCUGGUGGAGGCCUAGGGGGUGGAGGUGGAGCAGGUGGAGGUAUUGGAGGUGGAGCUGGUGGAGGGGCAGGAGGUGGCGCAGGUGGUGGUGGAGGACUUGGAGGGGGUGGUGGGGCGGGAGGAGGGUUUGGAGUUGGUGGAGGUUUUGGCAAAGGAGGCGGUGUUGGUGGUGGAGUAGGGGCAGGUGGUGGAUUUGGGGGAGGAUUCGGUGCCGGUGGUGGUGGUGGGGGUGGGUUUGGUGGUGGAGGUGGUUUUGGAGCUGGAGGUGGUGGCGGCCACUAGAGUUUGCUCCCAUGAGUAAUUCAUAUGAUAACAGUAGUAGGAUAUGGUGUUGGGGCCAUUCUAUUUCUGCAAUUAUAUAUUAGCAGACAAGUGAAGGAGACAAACGCAACGAGCAAAUCGACAUAUUCGGAGUUUUUAAUUAAGUGGGGGGCAGCAUUUUGGUUUUGUUAUACUAUUAUUUUUUGUGAACCCAACUACUGUUAUGUAUUGAUUAUUAGCUUUGAUUCUGCUUUCAA